AUGACCAACACCAUCCUCCGCCUAGGAGUUCUAGGCGCAACGACCGCAGUCCAAGCCACCUACCUCCCAAUCCUACACUCUCUCAAAGGCCACUACGUCCUGACAAUAAUCUACGACCCCAGCGAAGAGGUCGUCCAGCAAUGCCAAACGCGCUUCAACAUACCCCACAGCACAACCACCGUGGAAGAUGUCCUACUCCAUAAAGACGUGGACGUAGUGCUGAACCUCCUCCCAAUUGAAUCUCACGAAAAGCACACCGUGACAGCCCUAGAAGCUGGAAAAGACGUAAUGGUCGAAGUGCCCCUCACCAUGAGCAUCCCAAGCCUGCGCCGAAUCCGCGAAGCAACCAAGAAAGGCAAAGCUGCCCGUUCCAACAACACCACGAGCCCAGACGGGCCGAGAGUCUUCGUCGGAUGCGCGCGUCGCUACGCGCCUUGUUUCACAGAAGUCUUCCAACAAGAACUCGCAAGCCUGGGCCGAAUACACUAUGCACGCUGCCGCAACAUCGCCGGUCCGAUGAACAUCCCAGCCCCAACCCCAACCCCAACAUCAAACUCAAAUGAAAACGGAAACAAAACAAACGGAGCGAGCACAGCAAACCCACUAGACAGCCUCAAUUGCGCAGUUCAAUUCACCAAGCUCCUCGAAGACGUCUUCGGCGAGGAUAUCACCCCGGACAGAAUCGCCUUCUGUCGCUACCUGAGUAUGCUAGGCUGUCACGAUCUCUCGCUAAUGCGGGAUUCUCUGGGGUUCCCAGACGCAGUCUCGAACGUGGCUAUCACCGACCCUUUUUACUCUGCCAUUUUUCAUUACACGAAUGCCGCCGAUGGACAUCCUUUCACGCUUGUCUAUGAGGCUGGCGUUGACGCUGUUCCGCGCUGUGAUGCACAUCUGACCGUCUAUGGUGCUAACAAAACGAUCAGCGUUGAGUAUGAUUUCCCCAGGCCUGGUGAAAAGAUCAGUCAGGGGACUUUUGUCAAGGUUAUCGUGGAAGAGGUUGAAUCCGGACAGGCUGGAGAAGGGCUUCUUGGUAAUGGGCAUGAGAAUGGGAAUGGACAUGCCAAUGGCAAUGGCGAAGCAAAAAACAACCAAAAUGGAAAUGGAAACCAACUUGUCGGUCCACGCAUCAAACGCACUGAGACGGUCAGCUCCUGUGAAGAGGCAUACGAGCGUGAAUUCCUCGCGUUGCAUUCCUAUCUGCUUGGUGGGAAUUCGGCUGCGAAGACGACUGCCGAUGAUGCUGUCAUGGAUUUAAGAUUGCUGCUCAUGAUCUUUGAACAUUAUAAUCGACAGUGUGGUACCAUUCGUACUCCGCUGGGCUGA